CCUAUUCCUCUCGUCUUCCACUUGGGAAGCAAGGAUCAAAUAACCAUGAAGUUCUUCAUCUUUGCCUGCCUGGUGGCUGCUGCUCUGGCUAAGCAUGCGAUAAAGGAUAAACCCUCCAGUGAGGAAUCUGCCAGUGUCUACCUGGGAAAGUAUAAGCAGGGCAAUGGUGUGUUCUUCCAAAAGCCUCAGGACUCUGCUAGCAGUUCAUCCAGCGAGGAAUCAUCUGAGGAAAUCAGCGAAAAAAUUGAACAGUCUGAGGAACAGAAGGUCAACCUAAAUCAGCAGAAGAAAAGCAAGCAAUUUUCCCAGGACUCUUCCUUCCCCCAAAUUUGCACACCUUAUCAACAACAGAGCAGUGUGAACCAAUGGCCCCAACCUAACGCCAUCUAUAACAUCCCCAGCCAGGAGUCCAUCAGCACCUCAAUGGAGGAAAUCCUGAAGAAGAUCAUUGAUAUUGUCAAGUACUUCCAAUAUCAACAGCUCACCAACCCCCACUUCCCCCAGGCUGUUCAUCCACAGAUACCUGUGAGCUACUGGGCCCCCAGUAAGGACUACACCUUCCCAAAUGCUCCCUACAUGGCUUGAGUAAAAAGUUGGUUUCUGCAUAGUUCCCCCAUCAUUGCAUCAUCUCCUCUGUUAACGUUCCCUACGAUGCUUCUUGAAAAGACGACAAUACUGAGCCAGAAGGAGAGAGAGUGGGCUAUUUUCUGUAUCGUUUAUAAUCUUUGUGGAUUGCCUUGUAUGUGGAUUGAAUUGUGGAACCAUAUUAACUGUAUUGUUUAAUUGAAGUCUUUUCAGUACUACUUCAGAGAUAAGAAGCAAAAUAUCUCUUGCCAAGACAUUAAAGUUUUAAACGC